AUGGAAAACUACACUAAAGAAGCCCUCCUCAAGUUGGGAGAGAUGGACCCAGAACUAGAAGAGAUCCUCACGGUAUCACCUUUUCCCGUCGUCGACUACUCCGUUGUCCCAUUGGAGAUGAUUCGCCAAAAUAUCAUUACGAUGGAAAAGAUGGCAUGCGAUGCAUGUCCCACUUACGACACUAAAGAGUUCGAUGUGAGUAUACAAAUGAGAGAUGGCUAUGAAAACACGAUGCGCGUUAUCAAGCCCUCUCCCGCCACUUCAUCUGGAGGAAGCCCUCUCAUCGCUUUAUUCCACGGUGGCACUUUUUCGAUGGGAACGAAGAUACAGCUAGUCCCUUGGGCUCGUGCAAUUGCUAAUCUACACGGUGCAGUCACAGUUUCUCUCGAAUAUCGGCUAGCACCAGAGUACAAAUUUCCACAGGCAGCACAUGAUGCCUGGGACAGUGUGCAGUGGCUCGCUGCGAAUGUUUUGGGUGUUGAUCUCUCGCGUGGAUUUGUCGUUGGUGGUGUUUCGUCUGGUGCCAACCUCACCCUGGUAAACCCUGGUAACAGCCCAGCGGGCUUUGAAGGAGAACCUAUCUCCGCCAAUAACCGGCGUUUUCGCAACGAUGCCGCUGCUGUUGAACGAAAAGACGGUACCUGA